AUGCUUGGCGAGGAUCUCGAAGCAGUGGACCAAAGUGACUGGGACGAGAAACUCCCGUCAGCAUUGGCUGCCAUUCGUACAGCACCGAACACUACGACCGUGGAGACACCAUAUUUUCUCUUAUUUGGUUCGGAAGCACGAACGGUGGCAGAUGUCGUUCAUUUCAAGGACAAGCAAGACGAUGGCCAACCCCAAGACGCAAAGGAAUUCCGCAACAAGUUUACCCGAUUUGAAGACGCACACCGGAAAGUGAAAACACGUGUCAUGGACGAACAUGCAAAACGCCUUAAGAGACAGAAAAAGGACAUUAGGUUUACACCCUUUAAAGAGGGGGAGAAAGUGUGGAUGUAUGGGCCGCCAUCAACGAAAGGGCUGUCAAAGAAAUUACUUGCAGAACGAUGGAGGGGACCUUACGUUGUAACAAAAAUAUUGGGAGAAACAGUCUGGAGAAAG